AUGAAUUCUGACUCCAGCUCUGUUUCCAGCAGAGCUUCCUCACCAGAUAUGGAGGAGAUGUACCUGAGGGAUCACCACCACCACCACCACCACCACCAGGACAGCAGGCUCAACUCGGUCUCCUCCACCCAGAACGACCUGGUGCAGAAGAUGUCCGGGGAGGGCCUCUCCAGAAAUGGCUCCAAGGCAGGAGGGGAGGGCAGCAAGUACAAAAUCAAGAAGCAGCUCUCGGAGCAGGAUCUGCAGCAGCUGAGGCUGAAGAUCAACGGGCGGGAGCGCAAAAGGAUGCACGACCUCAACCUGGCCAUGGACGGGCUGAGGGAGGUGAUGCCCUACGCUCACGGCCCGUCCGUGAGAAAGCUCUCCAAAAUCGCCACGCUCCUGCUGGCCAGAAACUACAUCCUGAUGCUCACCAGCUCCCUGGAGGAGAUGAAGAGGCUGGUGGGGGAGAUCUACGGCGGGCACCACUCCGCUUUCCACUGCGGGACGGUGGGGCACUCCGCCGGGCACCCGGCGCACGCAGCCAGCACCGUGCACCAGGUGCACCCCAUCCUCGGCAGUGCCUUGUCCUCCGCCAACACCUCCACCUCCCUGUCCGCCUCCCUGCCCGGGAUUGGCACCAUCAGACCCCCUCACUCUUUACUCAAGACUCCCUCUACUCCUCCCGCCCUCCAGCUUGGCAGUGGCUUCCAGCACUGGGCAGGCUUGCCUUGCCCUUGCACUAUCUGUCAAAUGCCACCUCCGCCCCACCUGUCCGCCCUCACCACGACGAGCAUGGCCAGGAUCUCGGGAGAGUCCAAGGACUUACUGAAGUGA